CCACCGCUCUGUGAUCUGCAGUGAAGGACACCAUUCAAGUGAAGGGUUUUUUAAUGAAAUAUGAUGGGGUAUGUACAUUUGAUCUUCCUAUCUACCUUCCUCUCGGUUUCCCUGACAUCCGAAACAUUUGAUGCAAUGGAAGGUGAGGCUUUAGUUAUAAAAUGUCCCCGAUGGAGUUCAACUUUGAAAUUCACCUGGUAUCAUGCAGAUACUAACAAAAUAAUUCCCGAAGAAGAAGAGGGAUCACGAAUAUUUUCCUUAAAACAAUUUCUUUGGUUUCUGCCAACUUCUAGAGAGGAUUCUGGAAACUACACUUGUUUUAUGCAUUUUUCAAAUAAUCGCACAAAGUCGGUCAACAUGAGUGUGCAGGUGCAUCCAUACAAGCAAGGAGUAUGUUUCCCAAGUCAGAUUCGUUACCCAAAUGACACUGGAAGAGGAAAAAUUGUUUGUCCUACAAUUGACAAUUAUAAGAAUGCUACUAUCAUCCAGUGGUAUAAGGACUGCAGACCUCUUCAGGGAGAGAGAUACUUCAAGAAAGAAAAAUAUAUUUUUAUUAACAACCCAAGGAAGGAGGAUGAUGGUUGUUAUACUUGUCAAUUUAUCUACACUCAUAAAGGAAAUGUGUUUAAUGUAUCAGCAACAAGGAUUUUCAUAAGUAAGGCAAAACACUCACCUCUACCUCCUCAAAUUUUAUUUCCAAAAGAUAAAGAUGUAAUAGAAGUGGAUCUUGGUGCUUCUUUGUCUCUGAAAUGUCAGGCCCGCCUGGGGAUUAAGAAACAGCCAAUGGCCAUUGUCACAUGGGAUGUGGAUAACAUCCCAGUGAAAUACUUAGAUUCUUCAAGAUUUCAUGAAAACACUCGUUUUUUUGAAGGACGUGAGCAAGAAUAUUACAGAGAGACCACUUUGCAUAUUACUGAAAUAAAAAAGGAGGAUCUGCAGGCAAAUUUCACAUGCAUAGCGGUGAACAAAAUGCAGAACACAAAGGCCACGGUGAUGUUACAACUCAAAGCACAAUUUGAGGUGGGACUUCCUAACGUCCUCUUGAUUGUAGGAUCUCUAGUUCUGCUAGUUGCAAUAGCAGCCUCCGUUAUACUUUAUCAGUCCUUCCGAGUUGAUAUCGUCCUAUUGUAUCGGGAGAUAUUUCAGCCCUACUCAGUCAAGGAUGAUGGGAAGAUAUAUGAUGCAUAUGUUAUCUACCCCAGAAGCCAUGCCAAUGAAGCUAAUUUUGUGGAAUAUUUUGUUUACCAAAUCAUGCCAGAUAUUCUAGAAAAUAAAUGUGGAUAUAAACUGUGUAUUUAUGGGAGAGAUAUAUAUCCCGGAGAAGAUACAGCCAGUGCAAUUGAGAAGAGGAUGCAGAAGAGCAGACGGCUGAUCAUCCUUCUAACACACCAACUGAUUAAUUGUAAAGAACCUGCUUAUGAUCAAUACAUUGCUUUAUACAAUGCCCUCAUUCAAAAUGGUACAAAGGUGAUCCUGCUAGAAAUGGAGACAAUUGGGACUUAUGAGAAGCUUCAGGAAUCUCUUAGGUUUAUUGUUAAGCAGCAAGGUACCAUCAAAUGGAAAGAGCAGCACACUGUGCACCCACAGUCAUCCAAUUCUAGGUUCUGGAAACAGGUGAGGUACCAUAUGCCACUGACACUCAAGUCCUCAUACUCAGCUAAUGCCAGGUGA